AAAAAUGUCCCAAGAAAACAGCCAUAAGAGAGUAAAAAUAAACAUGGAAAUGAAACAUCAAAUCAUUGAAAAGCGAGAACGUGGUGAAAGCGUGGCUGAUCUGGCAUGUACAUGCAAUCAGUCUACAAUAACAAUUUGCACUAUCUUCAAGAAUAAGGACAAGAUUAAGGAGAUAGAUGCUACACAGAGGGUGACAAGAAUAUUUGCGCAACG